AUGGCUGGCAAAAUGAAGACUGAGACGGAAAACUCCGGGUCUUUACCUCCGCUCUCCGCGAGUGACUUUCGUGCAUAUAAUCGCAUGUCUGAGCAGAUGGAGGGUUUUCAUAGUCACUUUCGUUUGACUUGGAAUCAGCUUUGGGACGCAUGUAAUGCCACGGGCAAGCGUCCUGCGGGAUUAUCAGCCCGCCAGAUGAUCAUGAUGGGACUACAAUUCUGCUCGCAACUCGACUUCCACCACUCUAUCGAGGAGCAACAUAUUUUCCCAGUGCUUGCGAAGAAAAUGCCCGAAUUCCGGAAAGAACUGGAUCUUCUGAAGCAGCAUAAACAGAUUCAUGCUGGCCUCGAGAAGCUCGAGGCUUACCUUGAGAAAUGUCGCUCCGGCGAGGAGGACAUGCGCCGUGAAGAGGUGCGCCGACUCAUGGAGGGCUUUGGUAAGGUGCUCUGGCAGCAUCUUGAUGAGGAGGUUCAGACGCUCAACGCGGAAAAUAUGCGCCAAUAUUGGUCCGUUGAGGAAAUGCGCCGCCUACCGAUGUGA